GGUCGGGCCUCGCCAAAACGGCCCCCAAGAUGAGCUCGUCRUCGCUGCUGGCCGAGGGCCCCAUUGAGCCGCCCGUGCUGCUCUCGGACAUCAAAACGGAGCCCCCCGAGGAGCUGCUGGCCAGCGACUGCAGCCAGCCGCAGGCCGAACCCGUGGACCUGUCGCUCAACAAGUCCAAGCCGCUGGUGCCGGCGGCGCCGCCGCCCGCCGCCUCCGUGCAGUCCUCGCCCAUGCUGGUGGCCCCCCCCAUCCCGGCGCCCACCGUGUCCAUCUCGCCCUCGGGCCUGAGCUCCACCUCCGCCAUCCCGGCCGUGCUGUCCCCCGGCUCCAUCCUGGCGUCCACGCAGGGCAGCGGCGGGCAGCAGAUCCUCCACGUCAUCCACACCAUCCCCUCCGUCAACCUGCCCAGCAAGAUGGGCAAUCUACAGACUAUCCCCGUGGUGGUGCAGUCCCUGCCCGUGGUCUACACCACCAUGCCCACGGACGGCGUGACCGCUAUCACCGUCCCGCUCAUCGGCGGCGACGGCAAGAACGCCGGCUCGGGCUUUUCUUUCCCCUCCGCACCCCCAGUGAAAAUCGAUCCCAGCUCCAUGUACCCCAUGGACAUGAACAGUGACAGCGAGGACAGCGUGUCGGAGAGCGGCCCGGCGCCCUUCCAGGACCUGCAGCGAGAGUCGGCCGUGGCGCGGAUGCAGCGGGCGGACUCUCCGGACCUGAAGAAGCGGCGCAUCCACCAGUGCGACUUCGAGGGCUGCAAUAAGGUCUACACCAAGAGCUCCCACCUCAAGGCCCACCGGCGGAUACACACAGGCGAGAAGCCCUACAAGUGCACCUGGGAAGGCUGCACCUGGAAGUUCGCCCGCUCCGACGAGCUCACCCGGCAUUUCCGCAAGCACACGGGCAUCAAGCCCUUCCGCUGCUCGGACUGUGACCGCAGCUUCUCGCGCUCCGACCACCUGGCCCUGCACCGCCGGCGGCACAUCAUGAUGUGAGGAGCGAGGCCCCGAGGCGCGCCGCUUGGCACAAGGGGGUGCUCCCCGCUGCUCCACACGCAGCGCCAGGACUGCAGGGCACGGGAGCAGCGAGGCCCCCAGCGCCGCGCCGGGAGCGGAGCUGCCCCCCUCCACAGGUGCAAGAUGUAAAGAAAAAAAAAGAUGGUUUCCAGACUCAUCCUCCUUGCUCCUGUUUCUUCCUCUUCCUGGACUUCUCCUCCCUCCUUUCAACAUCGGGAGGCGCCUCCUCAAUUUCCCAUGGAUUCAUCCAGCAGCUGCCUCUGGACGUCAGCCCAGCUCCGCGUGUGCUUGGAGAUGCACGUGUGUGCUUAGGGCUCUUCCCCACACGCAAAGCUGCUCCGCUCUUGUUCCUCGUGGAUGCACCCUUGCCUGGCUGGCAAAACGAUGGAGCCCCGGCAGCGACAGCGAAGGCAGGACGGGAUCUGGGAUCGCUCCGCACUGUAGCGCUUUGCCCAUGGUACCCUCAGAAAGAUGCUGGCUCCCCCUCCCCAGCCCACUGCUGUCCCCUGCGUGUCCCCCUUCCUCACCUUGUCCCAAGCCACCURGAUGCCCGGGAGAAGGGGCUCCCGGCGCCUCCUUCUGCGUCCCCGUGCCCACACCGGCCUUCACAGCCCGCGCUGACGGCGGGCAGGAGGGCUGAGGAAGAGGAGAAAAGGCAAGAAGGGAGGAAAAAGACAACCGAGAACCCACCAACAAAAAAGGGAAACUUUGCGGAACAUGGAACUGUGAUUUUAAUGAAUUUUAAGGGGCGGGGGGGUGGGAAAGGGAGGGCAGGGGCGGCUAGGUCUCAGUUUUUGAAGACUCUGGACAGAGGAACCAUUUCUAACUUAAAAAGACAGCAGCCUUGAUACAGA